AGAGGUGAGUGGGAGGAAGCAGAAAGGAGACAUUGAUGGUACUGGCAGCAGACGACGGCACACGACUACGAAAUCCCACCAUGACAUACAAGGAGAGGAGACACAUGACGAAGAGGAUUUUAAAUCUCACCCUUGAAAUCAUCUGCCUGCUGACUGGGGAGGAUUACACAGUCGUGAAGAAGGCAACUGGGGAGCGUGUGACACCCAGCAGCCAUCCUUGUGUGUCAGGAGGACUGCGCAGGACCCAGUGCCCCAUCAUGGUGCCUCCACCUCACUCACUGAUACAUGAGAGACACAAUGACCAGAAGAUCCUGGAACUCAUUGACAAGAUUAUUCAGCUGCUGACUGGAGAGGUUCCUAUAAGGUGUGAGGAUGUCACUGUCUAUUUCUCCAUGGAGGAGUGGGAGUAUAUAGAGGAACACAGGGGUCUGUACAAGGACGUGAUGAUGGAGAAUCACCGGGCCCUCACAUCACUGGAUGGUGCCAGUAACAGGAAUACCCCAGAGAGAUGUCCCCGUCCUCUUUAUUCCCAGGAUCAUACAGAGGAGAAUCACAGUGUCCCACAGGAGUAUCAGGUUGAAGAUCUUCUGGAUAUUAAAGUUGAAGUUAUAGAUGAUGAUGAUGAUGAUGAUGAUGACGCGUUAUAUGUGAUUGGUGAUGAACAUUGUAUGGAGGAGGAAACCCAUACAGAUUUCAGAACAGCAGGUGGGCACAACAUCCGGAAUACCAUGGAGGAACAUCUUGUUAUAUAUCCUGAGAGUAGAACAGAGGAACAAUGGAUCACCCUAGAUUACCCAGGAGACAGCUACGUUGCCUUAAACAUGCACCCGGUGCUGCACAGAGCAGAUAUACUAUCUGAUACCUCUAAUCAUGAGCAAUACUUUUCCGUUACGCCAGACAUGGACACACACAGCGCGGCUCACAUAGGCGGCAGAAUCUUCCCCUGCUCAGAAUGUGAUAAGUCCUUCAACCAAAGCUCCAAUCUCAGCAGACACCAGAAGACUCACUCGGGAGAGAAGCCGUAUCCGUGCGGUGAUUGCGGGAAGUGUUUCAUGGAGAAGGCGGCCCUUUCCAAACACCUGAGGACUCACACGGGCGAGAGGCCGUUUGCCUGUCCCGCCUGCGGGAAAAGCUUCACCCAGAAAUCCUACCUGGCCAGGCACCAGAGGAUCCACACCGGCGAGAGGCCGUUUCCCUGUGCGGACUGCGGGAAAUGUUUUUCGGGGAAGUCGGAUCUCGUCAAGCACCAGCGAGUCCACACCGGCGAGAAGCCCUUUCUAUGCUCCGUGUGCGGGAAAUGCUUCUCUGAGAAAUCCAAUCUCAUUAAACAUCAGAGAAUUCACACUGGAGAGAAGCCCUUUCUGUGCCCGGACUGUGGGAAAUGUUUUGCCGAGAAAUCGGACCUGGUUAAGCAUCAGAGGGUCCACACGCUAGAGAGGCCCUUUUCCUGUUCCGAGUGCGGGAAAUAUUUUGCACUUAAAUCCGUGCUGUGCCGGCAUCAGAAAAUCCACUCUGCUGUGACGUGUUUAUAGACCGGUGAACAAGACGAGGGUUGGGUAUAUAACUAUUGAGAGGUGGUGUUGGCAAUUACCGGAAAUUUCUAUUGGCUGGAUGGUGACUGAAAUCUGCCAGAUGCCACAUCAGUCCAGAGAAAGCCUGGGUGUCUUGUGUGAGGGUAGCGCUCAAGCAAUUAGAUAACCAACAAGCAAUCUUAGAGUUGGUUCUCACAAAUAUAGAGGUAGCAUCAAACGUGGCGGUGGAAGAGAACUUGUAGGCCUAGAGACUUGGAAGAGAACUUGGAGGCCUAGAGACCAUCAGAAAGUACGGAUCAAUUUGCCAACACCAGUAAAGCCGCACCAUGACUGAGGGUUUACAGAGGCUGACUUUGGUCAUGUGAGAAAUGGUUUAUGUGACUCUGAUGGGGCCAGAAAUGAAAGGAGGAGUCCAAGAACGGCGUGCUAAACAAAAAUAUUACAUGCACCAGACAUUUGUGCCGGAUAUGUCUGUGAAACGAAAAAGAGACCAUAUUAUUCUCCCAAAAAUAAAGUUGUAGUUAUCAGAAGUGUUAAUAAAACAGCAUAAAAGAAGUAUAGAAAGAAUUUAGUAGAUUUAGGAUAUAUAAAAAUCAAGAAACAAGCUUAUAAAUCUGGUAUAAUAGAAACCAUAUACAGAAAAUUGCAAAGAGAAGAAAAGCACUACCAGUAAAAAGGUUACAAAACA